ACUAAAUACUUUUUUGCCCCACUGUACCAUACGAAACUUAACAAACAAUGCAAUAUGGGGUGUUUCAGAUUUACGAACAGAAUAAUACAAAGUGCUCUGAGUCCAGGUUGUUCUGCAUGGUGCGCUUUGGCUGGUUGGUGGUCUGUUAAAGAGAGCAGUGCACAGUACGUUGUACCUGGCGAGUCUUUGUCCUGGACGCAAUGCCCAGGUAGCGCCAGACCCACCAUCACCCCCAGAGGCCUCCACCUGGUCAUUCCACUCAACAUCCCCUUCAGCCUGCUUUGCCAGGGUGACCAGGUGGUGCAGUGGCAGCGGGAGGAUCGCCCCAAACUGAGGGGCGAGGAGCGGACUAAUGGGGCGUCCGUCCUAAAAAUCCCCAGAGCUCAGCCUGGCCACAUGGGCCGAUACAUCUGUCUGGAAGAGAAAACCGGAGAGCAGAGCUCUAUCUACGUCUACGUCAAAGAUCCUGAUAAUGUCUUUAGAAAGACCAUUGUGUUCAGUAUCCUGACUCGUGCGGGAGACAGUGCCUCCAUCCCCUGCCUAGCAACCGACCCGAGAGUGGUCAACCUGCGCCUGGAGCCAUGCCAUGGCGGUGCCCUCCCAAAUGGUCUCCACUAUGCUGCCAGCCUGGAGCGGGGCAUGGUUAUCUAUGACACUAAGAAGGCCUUUGAGGGCUGUUACAUCUGCACUGGCAGACUGAGCGGUGCCCUCGUUAAAUCACACAGCUAUGAUCUGACUGUGCGACCAGUCCCAGAUGUGCCCCCUGUGAUUGAGUUGCGUGGGCCCAAGAGGGUGGUCCUGACGCGGGGCCAGAAUCUCACCCUGACCUGCAGCACCACCAACGUCAAUGGAGACAUCAAGCUGAAGUGGGCCGCUCCGCCGGGCACGGAUGCCGUGUGGGCUUCGUAUCCACAGCAACCGGCAGUGGAGAAUGGCUCACGCAUCCUGACUGAGCCCAUCACACACGUCCGCAGCGCUACACUCCAAGUCAACUCUGUCAGGACACAGGAUUCUGGGAGAUAUCGAUGUGAGGGUCAGAAUGAGAAGGGGAUCAGCUCUGAGUCAAUCUGGCUGGACGUCUAUGAUAGAGGUUUCAUCAACCUGGCUCCGUCAGAUAACAGUUCUGUGCGUGUGCGUGCUGGGGAGAGUCUGUCCCUACAUGUGGACAUGGAGGCCUAUCCCAAACCGCACACCUUCUCCUGGAGCUUCUCAGGCCAGCAGCUGAGGAACACCUCUGAUCAUGUCAUCACCAAACAGAACCACCGACACAGGUACAACAGUGAGCUCAGGCUGGUGCGUUUGAAAAUGUCAGAGAGUGGGGUCUACACCUUUUAUGCCUCCAAUGGUGAUGCAACAAUCAAUCAGUCAUUUACCGUCUACGUUAUCAGUAAACCAGAGAUUGUAUCUCAUGAUGGCCCAGUUGAUGGACAGGUGCGAUGUGUAGCUGAGGGAUACCCUGCCCCACAGAUCACCUGGUACUACUGUGAACAGCCUUAUAUGAGGUGCUCCCACCAGAUGAACGCCACUCAGGAGGAGCAGGACAUUGUCACAGUGACGUUGUUGAGUCCUUCCUUUGGGAAGACGGAGGUGGAGAGCAGGCUGAACAUUACCACAGGAAGAUUCCACACGCUGGAGUGUGUGGCCACCGUGGAGGGAGAGCAGGACUUCACACUGUUCUCUAUCAGUGAGAGAACAGUUCCCCAUGAGCUCUUCACACCUCUGCUGAUUGGCAUAGUGUCAGCCUCUGCCCUCCUCAUCCUCAUCCUCAUAGUGCUCUUCUACAAGUACCUGCAGAAACCCAAAUACCAGAUCCAGUGGAAAGUCAUUGAAGGUAUCCACGGAAACAACUAUGUGUAUAUUGACCCUACCCAGCUCCCAUACGAUCACGAGUGGGAGUUCCCCCGGGACAAACUGCGUUUCGGGAAAACUCUGGGCUCCGGAGCCUUCGGGAAGGUAUUGGAGGCUACUGCUUAUGGAAUGUCCAAAGCUGAUACAGUGAUGACAGUGGCGGUCAAAAUGCUCAAACCCAGUGCCCAUGCCACUGAGAAGGAGGCUCUGAUGUCGGAACUGAAGGUUCUCAGUUACCUGGGAAACCACAUGAACAUUGUCAACCUGCUGGGAGCCUGUACUGUUGGAGGCCCAACCCUGGUGAUCACAGAGUAUUGCUGCUUCGGUGACCUCCUCAACUUUCUGAGGAGGAAGAGGGAGACGUUCUUUUGUGACACGUUAGGGGAGGACUGCUACUACAGGAAUGUCAUGUUGCAGAGGGAGACAGCUACAGAUGGAGACAGCAGGAAUGGCUACAUGGAUAUGAGGCCUUCUGUCGCUGGUGUCCUGCCCAAUGGCUUCUCCUCAGAGAAGAGAAUCUCGAUACGCAAACCAGGUGGUUCCAGUAGUGAGCCUGAUGUUUUGAGUGAGAUGCUCCAUGAGGACACUCUCUCUCUGGACACUGAGGAUCUGCUCAGCUUCUCCUAUCAAGUGGCCAAAGGCAUGGACUUCCUGGCUUCUAAAAAUUGCAUCCACAGAGACCUGGCUGCCCGGAACAUUCUGCUGACUCAGGGGCGAGUGGCAAAGAUCUGUGACUUCGGCCUGGCCCGUGACAUCACCACAGACUCCAACUAUGUAGUCAAAGGCAAUGCCCGCCUCCCAGUCAAGUGGAUGUCUCCAGAGAGCAUCUUUGAAUGUGUGUACACAUUUGAGAGUGACGUAUGGUCCUAUGGCAUCUUGCUCUGGGAAAUCUUCUCACUCGGAAGCAGUCCAUAUCCUGGGAUGCUUGUGGACUCAAAGUUCUACAAAAUGAUUAAGGAAGGAUAUAGAAUGGAUGCACCAGAGUUUGCACCGAGUGAAAUGUAUGAGAUAAUGAGGUCGUGCUGGGACUCAAACCCCUUUAAGAGACACUCCUUCAGCAAGGUGGUGGAGAGGAUUGAACAACAGCUGUCAGACACCACAAAACACAUCUAUCUGAACUUCAGCUCCAGGUUUCCGGUUACAAUGGGGCAACAGGUUACCAGCGUGGACCAGGAGGCGCAGAAUGCCAACAUCCUUUGCCUCAACUCUGUGGGCAACAGCAACGCCUCUACUCAGCCCCUAUUGGCCAGCGCCAGCGAUGACAUCUUUCUGGGGGAGAUGGCCACUGGGUUCAGGGUCCACCAGGUGUAAGGCCCCACCCACGAUGGAUGCCCCAUAAAGUGCCUGUUCAGUGCCAUCCCGAACACCCCACCACACCCUAUUCCAAUCAUAUAUUGUGUCUAGCUAUUAACCACCCCCUCCCAACCUUAUGCCUAGCUGUUAGCCUCCCCCUCCCAACCUUAUGCCUAGCUGUUAGCCUCCCCCUCCCAACCUUAUGCCUAGCUGUUAGCCUCCCCCUCCCAACCUUAUGCCUAGCUGUUAGCCUCCCCCUCCCAACCUUAUGCCUAGCUGUUAACCACCCCCUCCCAACCUUAUGCCUAGCUGUUAGCCUCCCCUCCCAA